AUGUUAUCCUCUCUAAAGAGCCAAGAUACAUCGAAAGUUUUCACCACGCUGGCUUCUAUUGCCACUUCCGCAAUUCUUGUCCGAACCAUUUACGAGGUCCGAAGACACUUCUUCACCUCCAACUACAAAUCUUCUCCCUAUUUCUCUCGUCGAAAGACUAUCAUUAUAGAGGAACACAAAGAGGACGACUUGCUUAACAAAGAAUUUCAGGCUGUUGAUACAUAUUUAGUCAAUGAAGUCAGCUCCUCUGUAAGCAGACUAAAAGUGAGAAAGGAUGAGGAUAUGAAGAGAUUGGUAACCAACUUGGAGAUAAAUGAAGAGAUAGUUGAUAUUUUUAAGAACGUGGAAGCAAGAUGGAGAUUGAUUUUAAAACAUGAAAUGUCGGAUCAAGGUAGACAUGCAAAAUUUAUGAAAUCUUAUGAGCUAACUUUCAACAAGAAACAUGAACAGAUGGUGUUGAAUUCAUACUUGCCAUACAUUAUGGAGCGAGGCAAGGCUAUUAGAGAAGAAAGUAAGGUAAUCAAGCUAUAUCCAGUGGACUUUGAAUCUGGAGUCUCAGAAUAUACCUUCAAUUUUGAUCACCCAAUUACCUUUGAGACCCUUGCAGUUGAUUCGGAGCUUAAGAAAGCAGUAUUGGAUGAUUUGAACACCUUCAUGAACGCAGAGGAAUAUUACAGAAAUUCUAGCAAAAAAUGGAAACGUUGUUACUUGAUAUACGGUCCUCCUGGCACCGGCAAGUCAAGCUUGACCGCAGCAAUGGCUAAUCACUUAAAAUAUGACAUCUAUGACUUGGAUGUAUCAGAAUUCGACAAAAAUCCAGAUUAUUUAGAGCGCUGGUUGAUCCCUGGACUGCCCAGUCGAACUGUAGUCGUAGUUGAGGAUAUAGACUGCACUAUCAAGCCACAAAACCAAGGUGAAAAAAAGGUAAAGGUCUCGGAUAUACUUAAACAACUUCGGUUGUGCGCUGGAGAUGGACAGAUUGUUGUUUUCACAACCAAUCACAUAGACAUGCUCGACCCAGAAUUGUUGACUCCUGAUCUGAUGAACAUGCACAUUCACAUGCCAUAUUGCACCAUUUCUGCUUUCAACCAAAUAGCUUUCAACCAUUUCAAUAUUUCCCAUCACAUACUCUUCGAGGAGAUUGAAGGUCUUAUAAAGAAGGUUGGAGUUACUCUUGCAGAAAUUUCAGGAGAGCUUCUGAAGAGUAGCGAUGCUGAAGUUUCCCUCCAAGGCCUAAUCAAAUUUCUUCACAACAAGAUUGCUAAAUAUGACAAGUUCAAAGCUUAG